UAUAUGAUGUGUGUGUGUGUGUUGUGUGUGUACGCAGCACCAUAUGCUGUUUCACUUGUUUAUGGUCGUGUGGGUAGGCCCUCGAUAUACCAUUAACCCGGUGCAAGUCCAAUUUUACGAAAAGAAGGAUAUAAAAAGAGACUCGAAAGAGCUCUUUUGACAGCCGCGCACACGAACGUCUCGCAGAAUCGAGAUACGCGCAUAAAUGCAUUCCUCUUGAUAAUCGGGAAGGCCUAGCCGACCAAAGAUGUCGAGUGAAAAUGACAGUGAAAUGGAUUGUUCGGACUCCGAUUGUGGUGAUCCGGGUUAUGAAGAUUAUUACAAUAUUCAGCCAUGGGGUGGAGAAGUGGAUAACGAUGUGGAUCCUGAACAAAAUAGAAGAGAUCCAGAAUAUGCAGUUUGUGACUGUUUGCGAGUCGAAGAGGUAGAGCGACUGUUGAAUGAGAGUGUAGAAGUAUUAAGUAAUAGCCUUCAUAUAACGCCAUCCCUAGCCAAAGUAUUGUUACAUGCACAUAAUUGGGCGUUACAAGAUAUUGUCACAAAGUACCGUAGCAAUGCUUCCAGUUUAUUGAUUAAUUCAAAAAUUAAACCUACUCUGGAACAAGUGCCAGGAUCAAAAAGUCAGAAAGGUGGUCUGUGUUCUGUUUGUGUUACGAUUUCUCCUGCAGAUAGGUUUUCUACACUUACAUGUGGACAUUCAUUUUGCAAAGACUGUUGGUGUAUGCAUUUUGAAGUACAAAUAACUCAAGGUAUAUCUACCAGUAUAAGUUGCAUGGCACAAGAUUGCGAUGUUUUAGCUCCAGAAGACUUUGUUCUUUCUUUACUCGCUAAGCCUAACAUGAGGGAAAGAUAUCAGCAAUUUGCCUUUUGUGAUUAUGUCAAAUCUCAUCCACAAUUACGAUUUUGUCCUGGUCCAAAUUGCCAAAUAGUUUUGCGUUCAAAGGAACAACGAGCAAAACGAGUCAUGUGUUCAUCAUGCAAAACUAUAUUUUGCUUCCGAUGUGGUAUGGAUUACCAUGCACCAACCGAUUGCAAUACAAUUAAAAAAUGGUUGACAAAAUGUGCAGAUGAUUCCGAGACAGCUAAUUAUAUUAGUGCUCAUACCAAAGAUUGUCCAAAAUGUCAUAUCUGUAUAGAAAAAAAUGGUGGCUGCAACCACAUGCAAUGUUACAACUGUAAACAUGAUUUCUGCUGGAUGUGCCUUGGAGAUUGGAAAGCACAUGGUAGCGAAUAUUACGAGUGUUCACGAUACAAAGAAAAUCCAAACAUCGCACAUGAAAGCGUUCAUGCGCAAGCGAGGGAAGCUCUCAAGAAAUAUCUUCAUUAUUAUGAGCGAUGGGAGAAUCACAGCAAAUCGUUAAAAUUGGAGGAGCAAACAUUAGAGGGUAUAAAGAUGAGAAUCAAUAAUAAAGUGAUGAAUGCAAGUGGCACAUGGAUAGAUUGGCAACAUCUUUUCGAGGCAGCAUCACUCUUAGCGCGUUGCCGUUACACUUUGCAAUAUACAUAUCCAUACGCUUAUUAUAUGGAAUCCAGUCCACGGAAAGAAUUGUUCGAGUAUCAACAAGCUCAAUUAGAGGCAGAAAUAGAGAAUCUUUCGUGGAAAAUUGAACGAGCCGAAACAACAGAUCGGGGAGAUCUAGAAAAUCAAAUGGAUAUUGCGGAAAAGCGUCGUGUUACUUUACUGAAGGAUUUCCUCGAGAUCCUAUCUUACACUCUAUAUACGCACAGUGCCACAAAAUUUUAAAUUGUGUAGAAUUGUUUAAUAUAAAAUAUUUCUACAAUAUAAAAAAAAUUUGUUACAUCAUACAUA